AUGACAUAUUGUUUUACCUAUAUGCUCAUUCGUCAUAAAUCAUAAUAUUAUUGUGUUAAAAAACGCAUUUUCUUUGUCACACAGCCACUAGCUAAUAUUCGUUAAUAAUUGGUGAAUUAUUGAGAUUAUAUUGUUUAAUUUGGAUGUUGGUCGUAUCUUUUUGAAUGGAGAAAAAGAAUACGCCGCGUUAAAAUUUAAACGCUAUUUGGGAACUGUACAGAGCUAUUUUAUUUUGGAAUUUCAUACUAAAUGGAUUGGAUACGGGUACCGAAGUAUGAUGAUAUAAUUACUUGAGAACCAUUUAACUAGAAAAAGUCGACGGAUCUUGUGAAACGAAGCUACAUAAUAUCAAUUGUUAUCAGAUUGUGUAUUAGCUUUUAUAUUGUGUACCACUCUAACUUCGCCGUUGUUAGCAUGAUUUGAUUUAAUCUUAUUUUGGUUUUGAAUUUUGAACGAAAUACCUUUUGACUCUACAUCAAGUAGAUAAUGUAAACGUUUGUUUUGAACAUUAUUUUUUUUAAACUGAUGGUUAAACUUGCUACUUUGUAGUAAAGCCGACUGCUGUAAGUGAAACUACACUAUGAGUUCUAGUUAUUCGUCAUCGGUAGGAUUAAUCUUUGUAUUCAAUUUAAUUAUCGGCCCAGGUGCAUUGACUUUACCAGCGGUCGUUCAACAAACAGGAUGGUUUUUAAGCAGCGUGUUCAUAGCCGUUUUGGCAUUUUUUAGUUACCUUACCUUCACGUUUAUCAUUGAAUCGAUUACUAUAACUAAUGCCAUUACCCAAUUGCGCAAGUUGCAAAUGAUGAAAAAUGUGACGAGACAAUUGAAAUCGUGUAAGGAUAUGUUGUCUCAAGUUACAACAGUUAACUGUGAUCGAAUUUCUACAGCUAGUACAGAUAGUUUUAAUACCGACGAUGAAGCGCCAAUUUUUGACAAUCCAGCGAUGGCAUCAUCCAGUUCUUUAAUGGAUUUUCCUCCUGAAUCUGUUCAGUUACUUUCAUUGGAUAACAGAAUCGAAUUGGGAGAAAUGGUUACUGUGUUGUUACCGCCAUUCGCUAAAGUACUCUUUUUUAUUUCAUUGUGCGGUUAUUUGUUUGGUGACAUAUCGAUAUACUAUAAAGCAAUUGGACGUUCGUUUGUAAAAUUUACAUGUAACAACAAUAAAACCAACGAAACAAACUUGUGUUGGGAGGAUUCUUCAUAUACCAAACAUGAUGUUUAUUUAGCUUACUUGGGUCUUUACUUAAUAAUUGUUGGCCCGUUUACAUUUUUCAAUGUUCAAAAAACCAAACAUUUACAAGUUUUUUCAUUCAUUAUGCGUGUUACUGCUAUGCUUACAAUGUUUACACUUGCAGUGCUGCGUAUUAUCACUCCAACUGAAGAUCACGGAGAUCCCCCUGCAGCCUAUUUCCCUGCUAUACCACAACUUAUCGGUGCAUCAAUUUAUGCGUUUAUGUGUCAUCACUCAAUACCAUCAGUGAUAGCACCAAUUAAAAAUAAAAAUAAUUUAAUGCUUAAGAUUGCUAGCGAUUUCUUGUUCAUUUAUAGUCUGUACAUGUGUCUGUGUAUAUCGGGAGCAUACGCAUUUCCAAAAGUCAAUGAAUUUUACACAAUUAAUUUUACACCAACACAGAACACUGAACUAAUAUACAAAGUAAUAGAUUCGUUUCUGGUUCUGUUCCCGGUGUUAACGAUCAGUAUAAGUUUUCCAAUUAUUGCUAUCACUUUGCGAAAUAACCUUCAAGUAAUGCUUCUUCCUGAAGACGCUCAUUGGGCUUGGAAACGAAUAGUUUUGCCUUUAUUUACAUUAAUAACUCCUAUGUUAUUAGCAGUAUUUGUAUCUGAUCUCGAAGACUUGGUAGCAAUAGUAGCCGUGUAUGCUGGCACCGGCAUACAAUAUGUGACACCCUCAUUGUUGGUCAUAGCUGCUCGAGCUGAAAUCCCACAGCAAGUGGCAGGGAUUAAGAAUGAUUUUUGUUCACCUUUUAAGUCGAAAAAUUGGCCCAUAGCUAUACUCAUAUGGUCAGUGAUAUGUGUUGUAGUUUUAACCAAUUUUUUUAUAUUUAUUAAAUAAACAACCCUAAUUAGACUAUACAUUAUAAUCUGUUACUAUAUUUAGAGUUUAAUAUGUUUUUGUGUACCAUUAUUGUUAACAAGUUUCUAAGAAGACAAGACUAUAAAAUAAUGUCACAAUAAAUAAUAAAUUAUAUAUAAAUGUUUAAAAAUACAUGUAUUUUCUUCAUUAACUGGUUUUUAAAUAUACACUUUUAUUUUAUGAAAAAUAAAA